UGUGGGCGGAAGCGUUUAUUUGAGGCACGCUGAAUCUCGCGCGGGCGCAGCCAUUUGCUCUCUUCCUCGAUCACUUCAACACCGAGUGACUGCAACACAAAGACUCACGCACACACAACAGCAAUGGCAGAGAACGAGCCACAGGUUCAGUUUAAGCUGGUUCUGGUGGGUGAUGGAGGUACAGGAAAAACCACCUUCGUGAAGAGACAUUUGACUGGAGAGUUUGAGAAGAAAUAUGUUGCUACACUUGGAGUUGAAGUACAUCCCCUGGUCUUCCACACCAACAGAGGAGCCAUCAAAUAUAAUGUAUGGGACACAGCUGGACAGGAGAAGUUCGGAGGCCUAAGAGAUGGUUAUUACAUUCAGGCUCAGUGUGCAAUCAUCAUGUUUGAUGUAACUUCUCGAGUGACCUACAAAAACGUUCCCAACUGGCAUCGUGACUUGGUGCGUGUGUGCGAGAACAUUCCCAUAGUGCUGUGUGGUAACAAAGUGGACAUCAAAGACAGAAAAGUCAAAGCAAAGAGCAUCGUGUUCCAUCGUAAGAAGAAUUUACAGUACUACGACAUCUCUGCCAAGAGUAAUUAUAACUUUGAGAAGCCUUUCCUGUGGCUUGCACGAAAACUGAUUGGUGAUCCUAACCUUGAGUUUGUCGAGAUGCCUGCCCUUGCCCCACCUGAAAUCGCUAUGGACCCAUCACUUGCUGCACAAUAUGAGCAUGACCUGAAAGUGGCAUCAGAAACGGCUCUCCCAGAUGAAGACGAUGACCUUUAACUUGUUAGCUUAUGACCUCCUUGUUGCAAUGUCACUUUCCUGGUGAUAUUUCUUCCCCUGACCCUUUUACUGUAUAACUCCCCCCGGCGCAGAAUAUUUUUAUUUUUCAAUUUUGGAUUUGUUUUUUUUGUGUUCUGAUUUGAGUAAAGUUGUGUGGAUCAUUUCACUGUAGACAUGCUAACUGUUGCCAUCAGGCACACAUAUGGACAUGCAUACACUUUGACGCAAUCACUCAAAAGUGUGAGAGCAGGUUGAGUGUCCCAGUGCUUACUUGUUUCUCUAUGUAAGGCUCUUGAGCACUUAGAGAAAUUCUUGGAAUAAAAACAUUCUCAAUAUUUUAA